GCUGGCGGCGGCGGCGGCGGCGGCAAGGGGAGCAAGAGGAUGAAGCGGGCGUCCAUCCUCAUCGACGACAUGGCGCAGGUCGACGACGACGUCGAGGAGGACGAGGAAGGGGAGUACGAGCCCGGCUUUAUUGAUGACGAUCUGCCCGACAAUCCUGACGAGGGUGUGAGGAACCCUAGGCGCCAUUCUGUUCCUAUGGAUGAGGAGGACGAAGAUGACACGGAUAAGAUUUUAGCGCACCUAGCAGAUAAAUAUGGAAGGCAGCCACAGUUUGAUUAUGCUGACGAGGUUUUCACCGAGGUUGAUCAGCAAGCUCUCCUGCCAUCAGUGAAGGAUCCAAAGCUUUGGAUGGUCAAAUGUGCGAUUGGACAUGAGCGAGAGACAGCCCUUUGUCUAAUGCAAAAAUUCAUUGAUAGGGACGAUCUCCAGAUUAAAUCUGUGAUUGCACUGGAACACCUAAAGAAUUACAUUUAUGUUGAAGCAGAGAAAGAGUCCCAUGUCAAGGAGGCUUGCAAAGGUCUGCGGAACAUCUUCGCUUCAGCAAAAAUAACUCAGGUUCCUACAAAAGAAAUGACUGAUGUUCUCUCUGUCACGACUAAGUCUGUUGAUCUUUCAAGAGAUACAUGGGUCCGGAUCAAGCUUGGUAUAUAUAAAGGGGAUCUUGCUAAGGUUGUCGAUGUUGAUGAUGUGAACCAAAAGGCUAUUGUGAAGGUCAUUCCUAGAAUAGAUUUACAAGCUCUGACAGAUAAAUUGACAAAGAAACUGAAUGGACUUAAGGUUGAGAAGAAGAAGAAGUCAUUUGUUCCACCUCCAAGGUUAUUCAGUGUCGGUGAGGCGAGGGAGAUGAACAUUCCUGUAGAACGGAGGAGACAUAGAGAUUCUGGGGAGUACUUUGAGGUGGUUGAUGGUUUAACAUUUGAAGAUGGUUUUUUGCGCAAAACAGUCUCGAUAAAAGCAAUCAGCACACAUAAUGUCCAGCCAUCACUUGAUGAAUUGGAGAAAUUCAGGAGAGUUGGUGAUGACAUUAAUGAGGAUGUGGCUAGCUUGUCCACACUAUUUUCAAACAGGAAAAAAGGGCAUUUCAUGAAAGGCGAUGCUGUAGUUGUUGUUAAAGGUGAUCUCAAGAACUUAGAGGGCUAUGUGGAGAAAGUUGAGGAUGCUACCGUACACAUCCGACCAAAACAGUCUGGUCUUCCGAAAACUCUUGCCUUCAAUGCAACAGAUCUUUGCAAACAUUUCAAUCCAGGAGACCAUGUAAAAGUUGUUUCCGGUGCUCAACAAGGUGCGACAGGCAUGGUAGUCAAAGUGGAAGGACAUGUCUUGAUCAUUUUAUCCGACACGACCAAAGAGCAUAUCCGCGUAUUUGCAGAUCAUCUUGUGGAGAGUUCUGAGGUCACGACGGGGAUUACCAAAUUUGGUGAUUAUGAAUUGCAUGAUCUUGUCCUUCUUGACAAUUUAUCUUUUGGUGUUAUUUUAAAGGUUCUCAAAGGAGUGCCUGAUAGACCAGAAGUGGUGCUCGUGAAACUGAGAGAAAUAAAAUACAAGAUUGAUCGGCGCACAUCUGCAAAAGAUAAGCCCGGUAACACUGUGUCAACUAAGGAUAUUGUAAGGGUAGUCGAAGGGACAUGUAAGGGCAUGGAUACAGAAGAUCCACGUCUGGGUGCUUUUAGAUCUCCAGCAAGGAUCUUGCAAUCUCCUGGAGGGCUCCCACCGAGAGGACCUUACAUGAAUUCUGGUGGAAGGUUUGGAGGAGGUGGUCGUGGUGGCAGAGGGCAUAAUGCCUUGGUGAGUAGAUGUAUCAAAAUUAAAUCUGGUCCAUACAAAGGAUAUCGUGGCCGUGUUAAAGAAGUGAAUGGUGCCCUUGUGCGUGUGGAGCUUGAUUCACUUAUGAAGAUUGUUACAGUUAAGAGAGAUGAUAUCGCUGAACCAGCAAAUGUUGAAACACCAGUCCGGUAAAUUUCUGUCUGAUCAAUCACAUUUUUAGCCAGCUGUUUGGUACCAUUUGCUCAUUUACUGACCAUUUGUAUUAGCAGUGAAUCUCGUUAUUCAUUGGGCAGUGAAACACCUAUGCACCCAUCACGAACGCCAUUGUAUCCUAUUCAAACUCCAAUGCGAGAACCUGGAGCUACACCAAUGCGUGAUGUACUGCAAACUCCUAUGCAUAAUCAAGCCUGGGCACCAAUGAGUCCACGUAACGAAGCCUGGGCACCAAUGAGUCCACGUAAUGAAUCUUGGGCACCAAUGAGUCCACCAAGGGAUAACCAGGAAGAUGGAAAUUCGGGCACUUGGGGUACUUGGGGAAUCAGUCCAGCUUACCAGCCAGGAACUCCUGUAGUUAGGCCAUUCGAAGCCCCUACUCCUGGAUCAGGAUGGGAAAGUGCCCCUGGAAAUGGUUUUGGUGAUGCUACAUUCAAUGCUCCAACACCUACUGCUCAACCAAUGACCCCAAUUCCCGCCUCGUAUCAGCCCCAAACCCCUGGUGGGCAGCCAAUGACUCCGGGCAAUGCUGGAAUGGAUAUAAUGUCUCCAGCUAUAGGUGAUGAGGGCGGUAGCAGCUGGCUCUUGCCAGAUGUUAUGGUCAAUGUGUCCAGAGGAGAUGGUCCCACCAGUGGUGUAGUGAAGGAAGUUCUCCCGGAUGGAUCUUGCCGUGUUGCACUUGGGCCAUCAGGCAAUGGGGAUGACGUAACAGCUCUCCCAGACGAGCUUGAGAUCAUCAGGCCGAAGAAGAAUGAUAGGCUCAAGAUCAUGAAUGGCUCCUUACGUGGAGUUAUAGGAAAACUGAUAGGAGUUGAUGGGUCUGAUGGGAUUGUCAGGGUGGAAGGCUCGCUUGAGGUGAAAAUAGUAGACUUGGUGAUUUUGGGCAAACUAGCAAUUUGAGAUAGCUCUGCAGUUGAGUUCAGUUAACGUCCACAUAUCUAACCUGUUAGGUAUUUAUCUGAGUAACGAAGUCCUUGGAAUAGUUUUUUUGGGGUCAAAUUAGCAACUUGAGAUGGCUGUAAAGAUUAGACUGAUUGUACUUAAUUCCACUUGUGCAGUAUAUCAUGCAAACUAUUGAUGCAUGUAGAUACUCAGAUGUUAGCUAAAAAUGUAGACGGUCUCAAAUGCUUGAUCUUUCUCUGCCUGAAAUGACUUGUUAUCAUUAUCCUGAUUGCGACAGAGAAGUCUUCAUUUGUGGUUUACUUAUUUGAACUCUGGUAGCCUCCUCAACAAACUUUCAUUUGUGCCAAAGAAAAUUG